UUGACAUGAGAAGUACGCGUAACAGUGCGUUAAUAAAACAUUUUUUGAAAAUAAAUAGUGAGGCUAAAUUUAAAAAAUGAGUGACGUGGAUUUACCGGCUUUAGCUGAGAGAGAAAGAGCCAAAGCUCGAGAUGAAUGGAAAGCUCCGAUGAAAGAAAUUGAUGCAGCCUUAGUGGCUUGUACUUUCGGAAGGUUCCAUAUAAAGCUGCUAUCUACAGCCUUCGUCGGUUUUAUGGCUGGAAUUCUGGCUAGUUCUACGACAGCCUAUUUACUGCCUAGCGCAGAAUGUGACCUGAAAAUGGAUUUACUGCAAAAAGGAUUGCUGAAUGCCAUGCCGUAUGUGGGAAUGUUGAUAUCAUCUGUGGUGGCCGGUUUCCUAACUGAUGCUUUUGGUAGAAAGAUAUUUCUGGGAGUCGGAUUCAUUGGACUUUUUAUAUUUCAACUAAUUGGCGGUUCCAGCCAGACAUUUGAAGUUCUCGCUACAGCGAAGUUUUUUGAGGGAUUACUAUAUGCAACAGCGUUCAGUGCCUGUGUCUCUCUAACUGCGGAGUUCUCUUACUCCAGUAUAAGAGAUCGUAUGCUGUUAUGCCAGUCUUCUUUCAUAGCUGUAUCUCAUGUUAUUAUAGCUGCUAUGUCUUGGGGCAUAUUGACUAAUGAUUGGAAGUACUCCUUCUUUGGUGGAAAAUUCGUACUAAACACAUGGAACUUCUACCUAUACUUGAUGUCUCUAUGGGCGUUAGCAGCAUUUAUAAUGUACGUGUUCUGGCUACCUGAAAGCCCCAAGUAUUUGGUGACGCAGAAGAAAUAUGAUCAAGCGAGGGAAAUACUCAUCAGUAUCUACAAAGAAAAUACUGGAAAACCUGCUGACACUUAUCCGUUUUACAACAUAUGGAAGGACAAGAACAAACACUCGAUAGAUGAAGCUCCCGAACGUAAAGCAGAGAUGACCAUACGUCAUCAGAUUGUGGAAGGCCUUUACAAUGUGAAGCCAAUGUUUCAAAAACCAUUAGGAGUUUAUCUAGCUAUGACUUGCUGUAGCAAUUUUAUUAUUAUGGCUAUACAAAAAGUGGCCACGAAACUUACAUCAACAGCAUCAUCCUCGGUUGCGUCUGCAUCAUUCCGUACGUCAUCACCGCCAUUCUAGUCAACAGGGUUGGCAAGAAACCGCUCCUUAUUGGUGCUAGCAUGAUUUCCGUUGCAAGCUCCUUAAGUCUUCGCUGGGCUAGCAACAA